CUUUUUCUUCGAACUAGCUAGCUCUAGCUAGCUAGUACUAGUACGGUACUGUAGUAGAGAACAAGGGACAGAGAUCCCAGAUCGCCAGUGAGCCACGUUCGUGAACAAACCUCCGUUCUGCCGUUCUGCUUCGGCACUCUCAAAAGAUCCCCUCUGAAUCUGUUUUGAGUAGUUGACACCAUGGCCGACCUUGACGAUUCCUUCCUUGAAGUCCAUGCCGUAGAGGAUGGAACACCCCCUGCUAUUGUAAUACUGUUUGGCUGGUUAGGAUCUCAAUCGAGGCACCUGAGAAAGUAUGCUCAACUCUAUCGAGAAAGAAAAUGCUCGACCAUUCACGGAAUGGGGGAUACUGCCUCUGUCAUGUUCAGGCGAAACGAGAACUUGAAAAAGUUGGGUAUGGAUGCUGCCAAAGAAGCAAUUAAGCUACUUAAAGCAUCUGAAGACAAGACAAUCCCAGUCAUCAUUCAUGUUUUCAGUGGUGGUGGAUGUGUUGUUUUGGAGCAAUUGGAACUUCUUCUGAUGGAAGCUAGAGAUGCCAAAGAACCAAAAACUGGCAAUCAGGAGGACUUGAUGACCCUUUAUGAUGCUAUACAGAGAGGCGGACAGGUCUUCGAUUCCAGCCCAGCAUACCUGGGGGUUGGCGCUGGGAUCCAGGCAAUUGCGGCCGGAGUUCCCAAUAGAACUGUGCAACUUAUAAUCCAGUUCAUGUUCGUGGUGUUUUCCGUUAUCACCAUGAUCAUUUGUAAGCUGACGGAACAAAAACCCGGAGCCGAAUUGCACUGGCAGCAUAUGCUGGACUCAGAUAUCGCCAAGCGACAAGGUUACAUUUACAGCACCUCAGACAGAUUGACGGACUAUGAGAAGGUCCAGGAGGUGAUUGAAUAUAGAAAGAAGCGUCCAGAAAGCAAAGUGACGGUGAAACGAUUUACGAAAUCCAAGCACUGUCAACAUUUGAUGGCUCACCCUCAGGAAUACAAUGCGUUCCUGGAUGAAUUCCUUGCCUCAAUCAAGGAACAAAAGACGGAACAAAAGUUGCUGGAAGAAGAUCCUGACAUGACCGACUAUCAGCUAGGAAUGGACUAACCGCAUUGCAUGGCUGGGAGGCGCAUGAGGCACACGACAACCCACUUCGGUAUCAUUCCCGAUGCUUACAUGGCCCACGCUGAUAUUCAGUUGCAUGGAGGCUGUCUGGUUCGUCGUGGGGCCCGCACCGCAGAAAGUAUGGCUCUUUUGUGGAGAGCCAGAAACAUCCCUUCUCAUCAGGGCGAAGCCAACAGCAAGUAAACUAUUUCAUUACUGUAUCACAAGUUCAUUGCGUAU